CACACGUCUGAUCGCUACGACCAUCCGCUGUCGAAACUCUUGCUGUCUUACUGCUUCCGCUCGCGUUUUGGCAACGUAUUUGGUAGCCGUGGUGUCUAUUUCGAGCUUCGUCGCGGACCGUUUUUAUCUUUUUCCCCGUCGGUGUGGUCGUGACGACGGCGGCGGCGUCGCGCAGCGUGUUGUCGCGCGCGCACUCGCGUUCCCGGCCGCGGGGCGAGGACGACCGAGCGCGCGCGCGCCAAUCCCGUGGAAAAACCCGUGCGCGCGWAUUCGGUCGUACUAUUUUCUAUACCAUAUAAUAUAGUACCCGUACUGUACGCCGCCGCGCGCCACGGUAGUUGUACGACGACGACGACGACGCAAUAGCUAUGCAAUAUUAUUAUUGUUGUAUGGCACGUUCCUCGUAAAAUGACAACAUUAUAAGUCGUCGUCGUAUUAUCAUUGUCAUCAUAAGAGUAUAUUAUAAUAUUAUAUAAUAUGGCCGUAUGAAGUCACCCGUUAUAGAGGCGGCCGCUAGACACAUAACAAUAUUAUUGGUGGUGAUCGCCGCGACGGUAAUAGUUUUCGCGGGGUAGCGUCUCGCGGAUUAUAUUCACUCGCGCCGCCGCGGGAAAACGGAUUUGCGCGCGCGUUUCGUCCGUCGGUCCGGYGACGGCGACGACGAUGACGAUUUCGCGGCGGCGUCGACGACGGUGCCGGUCGCGUCGUUGUUGUCGCCGUGAUUAGUGUUAAUAGUCGGCUAUCCGGGCUUCACGAGCGCGGCGUUUUCGGCGGUCGGAAAUCGACGGCGACGACAUGGGAAACUAUUGUUCGUCGAAACAAAAGGACGGCGGAGGCGGUUCCGACGAGUACUUGCAAAAAGCUCGUUACAAAAAAAAUCAAAAGAAAGCCGACAAGUCAACCAAUGUGAUAUCCGUGCCCAAAAAGGGCAAAAAACACGCCGCAGUACCUGCGGUAGCAACAACAGCAGCGAGCAACAGCAGCAAAGUGGCAGUGUCGUCCAACUGCAACGUCGGCGGAGUAAGUUUAAUAAUUCCGAGAAUUGAACAUACCGAAGAACAACAGUCAACCGCAACGAAUAUCGUCUGCAAGCCUUUCGAACCGAACAACAUAUCGUCCUCCAUAGUUGAAAAAACGCCAGAAAAAUGUUUUUCAUUUAUUUUACCGGACGAAUUGAAAAACAUGUCGACCGAGACGAAGAAAUUACUGCUUGGCAUUUUUGAACCAACAGCAAAUCAAAAGACCAACAAAAUAGUCGUUUACAUUUGUGUGCCGGACAAUAAAGGAUUUUCGGACGAAAGACAAAUCCUGUACAAAAACGUGUUGCCAGAAAUCCGGACGAAAUGCACGAAAAUUGGUUACGAAUUGCACGUAGURGACCUGUACUGCGACCAUCAGCAACAGAAAGAAUGCGGACAGCUGGAUACAGCUGUCCGGCUGGCGGAACUGCGGCGGCAAACUCGUGUUGGUCACGUCGUGCCUGUUGUGUUCGUAGACGAUUCGCUGGGUCCACCAGUCCUGCCACAUGUGAUGACCAGACAAGACUUCGAUCUGGCCAGGAACAAAACUCCGGACGCCAGCAAGCUGAUCGAAAAAUGGUACACGCUAGAUGCGCAAAAAAACCACUACGAGCUCCGAAACGAGAUGAUGUUCGAAACGACUUUCGAGACUCAGGAAGCUGAUGAAAAACUAUGGCAUGAUGAGAAAGUACAGCUGCAAAUCGCACUCAUGAAGACGUUCGAUUCAAAGUCGUUGCGGAGCGGUUACAUCGAGCAAGUUUUGCAACAGGAAGUUCGUAAUGAGAUCAUAUUGAACGCUGAGUUGGCUAAAAGGUCCAUGUGGAUUAUCAACAAUUAUGAUGUGGUUUCCGGUAAUAAGUGUAAAACUACUGCGGUCGAAACCAAGAAGAGACUUGAACAACUCAGCAAACAGUUGAAGAAUGAAUUGCCGGAAACYAAUAUCAUAUUUUAUGAGACCGCCAACGCGGCGGAAUCUUUAAAAAAAAUAGGAUCCGUACUAACGACUAUUAUUGAAUCUGUGGAUAAAGAAAGGGAAAAACAAGAACCUACGUACGGUGUGAGUGGGCUUCUGUUGGAAGAGCUGAGGAUUCAAGCGUGGUUCGGGUACUACGCGGCUAAACGGACUGUUCGUCGGGAUGAAGCUAUGGAACGUGCCAAAAAGUAUUUGACAGACGGGAACGCAGCGUACCCGUUGAUACUAUACGGGCCUUCAGGGUCGGGCAAGWCCACGGUAAURGCGUCCAUAGUGAAACACUGCCACCUGUGGAAUCAAGACACAGCAGUGGUGGUGAGAUUCGCCAACGCGUCCGCUUACAGCUCGUCGCUGGAGCAAACGCUCAAUUCUUUGGUUGUUCAAUUGAAUCUCGUGGACAGCGGAAAAUGUACUUGGUUCAAGCACGAUGUACAACUGUACUCGGAACAAAUUAUACGGCUGUUGGGUUCGAUUGGAUCGAAACGGCCUGUGACGUUGAUCGUCGACGGAAUCGAUCGAUUUGAGAACGAUUUAGUGGAUUGGAUACCGCAGUUGCUGCCCAACAACGUCAAGAUCAUAGUGUCUGCCUUGGAGUCUUCAACACAUCUUAACCAAUUACGUCAGACCAUAAAAUCGAUGGAUUCGUAUAUACGGAUCGCGAACAUGACGGAUGAACAAAUCGACUCUUUACUAUCAGCGGCGAUCAUCCGACCAAUUGGUAGUGGUGGAAGCGAAAUGACCAAAACCAACGACAAAACCGUGGCCGCUAAAACACCGUUAGAACUUCAAGUGAGCUCGCUGUGUUCCAAGAUACGAAACUCGAAACUACCACCCUCGUCGGAAAAAUGGGUWGAAGCAAUUUUUGACAACAUCGAAUUGCAUCUCGGCAAAGACAAGGUAUCCUCCGUGAUUGGGCAUAUGUGUUCUACCCGAUACGGUUUACUCGACUCGGAGUUGGUCGAAUUAUUAUCUACAGAGAACGAAUUUCGCUCUUCAGGCCUUUCCGUCUCUGUGAUUUCGUCUUCGACCRGUCUAUUUUGGGCAAUUUUCAACGAGCUGAUGUCAUCGUUUUUGUACUGGUUCAAAACGGAUCGGUACGCGACGGUCCGGUGGAAAAACAUAGUAGUCGCCGAAGCUGCCAGUCGACGUUACAGCGCAUGCAUCCGGCGCGUCAAUAAGAAAAUGCUCUCGUACUAUGACGACCAGGUGGCGGCGUUGGGGGAUGACGACAAUAGCAAGAAGAGCUUACCGAAACGCAGGAAACUGGACGAAUACACUCACCUGAUGGACCCAGCCCAGACGAUCAAAGAAUUUUUCAUCAACCUCGACUGGGUUUUGGAAAAACUGAAUAAUGGGUCGGUACUUUUGUUACUAGAUGAACUGUCGGCGCACUCCCAAGACCCGGAAGCGUGUUUCCUCAGAGGCUUCCUGUCGUUCGCGAUGCCAGCCUUGAUGAACAACGGCAAUCAGCUGUUCUCGCAAAUGUCGCUGUACCAGCCGGCGGCCGACCGGUACCGUGACCUGCUGAACGCGCCUCCGUUUCCGACACUGAUGCCCCUAGUUCCGACGAACGCUGCGACGGCGCARUUAUCAGAAUCCGACGGUGCUGGGGCUGAGGGAAAGUUCAACUUGGUCAAACGGUUCAACGACGACGCGAAUUACGUGAUCACCGUCAGCACCGAGCGGAAGGAAAUAAGCGUGUGGGACGUACACACCUGUAUGAGAGUGCGCACGCUCAAGGGAAUUCUCCAUCCGACCGCGCUCAAACUGAUCGACAAUCAGCGUUGCAUAGUGUUGUGCGAGCGGAAACUGAUCGUCAUUAACUUGGCCACCGGAAAAGUGAUCAGCAAACUCAAAGGAGUUAUGAAUCAAAAUAUGCCUUACUUCGGCUUGCACAGUUCAACGAAACUCGUGGCGUUGGCUAGGAGCCGAAUGCACGUGAAUUUAAUCGACAUCGAAACGGGUACGAUCGAGGCGUACUUUAAAGCCGGCGAAGACAGAUUCCUGAACUCGCUACUGGUGUCCGGAAACGGGAGAGUCAUGGUGUGCGGUGACGAAACGCAAAAACCUUUUCCACUGCUCGUGUGGAACUUGACCUCAAGGCAGUUGAUGUAUGACUUGCGUAUACCGUGCCACGAAUUUGUCACGCGACUCGCGGCCAUCACUUACGAGGGCCACUACGUAUGCUGCGUCGCUCAAGAAGUAGACGAGCCCGGGCCUAACUUCAUAGUGGUGUACGACCUGCAGUCAGGCACGCUGUUCAAAAAGUGGAAGCCCGGCGUGAACUGCGUGGCGUUAGACAUAUCGUCCAAAGACGGGUGCGUCCUGAGUGGCCACGARAAUGGUCACAUAUGCAUCUGGGACCUGACCACCGGAAAUUGCCGGUGGACGCUAAGCGGCCACUUGGCACCGGUCACCAGCCUCCGACUGGACCCAGCCGGCGGUUCUUUCGUGUCGCUUGACACACACGCCCGAGAUCGGACCAUCAAACUCUGGAACGUCACGACCGGUGYCUAUUUAGGAAACAGUGAACAUGUUAAAAUGGAUCAAAAAUUCAAAAGUAAAAAAUUUUAA